GUUGGGGGGACAAUUAAUAUGUGACGGAAUAAGAGAAGCAGCAUGAGACAGCAAGCAUUUGAUGAAAGACGUUAAUGGAGUCUCGGCUUAAAAAGAAACUUUAUUCCCUCAGAGUUUGUGAGGCCAACGAGCUGGUGUGAAAAUGACACAACACGGGUGUUGCGUCGUCGCCCUGCUGGUCCUGCUGGGGUCCGGCGUGGGCUCCUCCCUGUGGACGGACCCCCCCGUCCACGAGGACCACCCCUUCCUGUUCACCUGGAACGCCCCCACCGAGCUGUGCGAGUCCCGCUUCGCCGUCCCCCUGGACCUGUCCCUCUUCCACCUGGUGAGCAGCACGCUGAAGACGGCCACCAACCAGAGCGUCUCCAUCUUCUACACCGACCGCUUCGGCAUCUUCCCCUACGUGGACGAGGACACGGGCGAGUUCGUGGAGGACGGCCUCCCGCAGCUGGUGGACAUGCAGGAGCACCGCGAGCUGGCCGAGGACGACGUGGAGUUCUACAUCCCCGACCAGCGGCCGGGUCUGGCCGUUCUGGACUUCGAGGAGUGGCGGCCGCAGUGGGCCAGGAACUGGGGCAGCAAGGACAUCUACCGGCAGAUCUCCGUCCAGCGGGUGAAGAACAGGAACGCCUCCCUGACCGACGACGAGGCCGAGGAGCGCGCCAAGAUGUUGUUCGAGCGCGCCGCCAUGAGGUUCUUCCUGCGCUCCCUCCGCAUCGGGAAGAAGCUGCGGCCCCGCCGGCUGUGGGGGUACUACCUGUACCCCGACUGCUACAACUACGACUACCACCAGGACAUGGACGCCUUCACCGGGGAAUGUCCCGACCUGGAAAAGCAGCGCAACGACGAGCUGCUGUGGCUCUGGAGCGAGUCCACCGCCCUCUUCCCCUCCAUCUACCUGGAGCUGGUGCUGCAAGACUCCGCCCAGGCGCGCCUCUUCGUGCGCCACCGCCUGCACGAGGCCAUGCGGGUGUCGGCGCUCGCCAACGCCUCGUACGCCACCCCCGUGUACGCCUACAUCCGGCCCGUCUACAAGGACAGCACGGACGACUACAUGUCGGAGGUGGACCUGGUCAGCACCAUCGGGGAGGCGGCGGCCCUGGGCGUGGCCGGCGUGGUCUCCUGGGGCGACAUGAACGUGACGGACAGCGAGGACUCCUGCUUGGCGGCGUGGCGCCACCUGCAUUACGUCCUCAACCCCUACAUCCUCAACGUCACCACGGCAACCAGGCUGUGCGGCCAGGCGCUCUGCCAGGGCCGAGGUCGCUGCGUGAGGAAGCGCUGGGACCAGGACGUCUUCCUCCACCUGGACCCGCGCCGCUACCGCAUACACCGCUGGCGCCCCGGCGGCCCGCUCAGCGUGAGCGGCGGCCUGUCGCGGGACGACGUGGCGUGGUUCGACCGCCAUUUCGACUGCGUGUGCUACCGGCGCGACGGCUGUCGGUCGCCCGGGACGUUCGAUGACGCCCAGGAGAUCUUCUUCGACGCCAGGACUCGGGCGGGGGGGUCGGCCGCGCGGCCGCACCGCUUCCUGCUGGCCGUCGCCGCGCUUUGUGUUGCGACAUGCGCCCCCUGGUGGCUGUGAGCUGUAUCGCCACGACGACACGGAAACACCCAGGAAGUGCUGCGGUCUUCUGAUCACGUAAAACCAGACCAACAGAUCUGAUAUUGCUCCGAUAUCAACAGGGAUACAAAUAUUGGAUGAUAUCGUGUAGAAUGUGCGAUAUCAUAUUUUACUAAGGUCAUUCAUAAGAGGUAAACAUGCUAGGCUAUUAGGAUACGGC